AGAAGUCCCAAAACAAAGGUCAAAUUCCAGAUAAUGGACUCAUCACCCCCAAAUUCAGGGUAGAUUUCCCUGAAGGGACUCUACACCACUACAGAUAUGAGAAUGAAAUAAUGAGUACAGUCCAAGGAGAAGUUCUGGGACGAUCGGUUGUAAAGAUAACAGCUGACGUAUCUGUCCAUGCAGAUGGUCCGAAUAAGAUUUUCUCGAUUUAUGGUCUUAGAAUGCAAGAAUAUGUUGGAUUCCCUAUUGAGCCCAGAGAUCAGUUUGCUGAGCCAAAGGACCAGUUUGUUGAGCCUCCCAAGCAAGAUAACAGACUGGCUGCUUGUGACCUGCACAACUAUCGUGCUGUCUACAGGAAUGGACAGUUUGGCGAGAUCCGUGUGGCAAAAGAGGCCCCUCGUGAAUGUGUGAAUCAUAUGAGAGCAGUCAUGAACUUGUUCAUUGCAAACAUAAAAGACCAGAAUGAAUUUCAGCUGAAAGAGGAUGGCAUUGCGGGUGAGUGCCUCACGAGGUAUUUCAUCACAGAUGACAGGAACAAGUGCCCCAUGAUCACCAAGACCAAGGACUACAGCAACUGUGAUAACAAAGUCCAGCGGACCAUUGGAAUGUCUUAUUUCCACCUCUAUCCAAAAUGCCCUCUGAAAAACACAAUGGUUCAAGGGACUGCAGCCUUUGUCAUGAAGCUGAAAUGUGAUGGUCCUGUAAGCAUGAUUUCUGAAGUCGAGUCUGAGGAAGUAUACCAAAUUGCUCCAUUCAGUGAAGCCAGUGGUGCUGGCGUAAUGAGAACCAGGCAAAAACUGAACUUGGUUGAAGGUCAAAAACAUGCCCCACAACAAAGUCAACAACAGAAAGGUGUUGAAGAGAAGAUUGUAAGCAUUCGUUAUGAAUUUGAAGAAAAUCUGCCCGAGAUGGUGAUCAUUGAAGAUGCUAAGAAACAGGCUGAGGAAAUUCUGCGAGAGGCCGAUCACUGGGAAAACGUCCCCCUAGAGGCUCUCCCCAAGUACAUAGACCUUAGCCAACUGUGCCGUCGUUUGACUGUAGAGGAGAUGAAUGCCCUGUAUAACAUAGUGGAGCGCAAACCCAAGGCCAGACAGCUCCUGUUGACUGCAAUUGUAUAUUCAGGCACUUUUGAUUCCAUGAAGUUCGUCAAAGACAAAUACAUCAAAGGUGAACUGCAGAAAAUGGAACCUUAUUGGGUCCUUCCAAUCCUCUUCCACACUGCCAACCCAAAUGUUGCUAGAGUAGAGGACACAGCUCGACUAGCAGCCGAAAUACUCAACCAUGUUCAUAGUACUGGGUCAUUAUGGCUUGAGAAGCUUGUCCUCCUGGCACAUGGAUCUCUAGUCUACAGACAAUGUUCUCUGGCUCGAUCUUGCCCCAACAAAUUGCCUGAGCCCCUCCACAACUUCCUCACUGAAGCAGUCACGCGUCACGAUGAAAAACGCAUAAUAUUGGCUCUGAAGUCAAUUGGCAAUGCUGCCCAAACAGCCAGCUUGAAAUUAGUGAGACCCUUGGCAGAGAACGAUAAACACAGCAAAUUUGUCCAGGUUGUUGCUAUUCAGGCACUGAUGAAAAUCGCCAGACAUGAUUCUGCAAGGGUUCAUGGCAUUCUCUUCCAUAUCUAUAUGAAUGCUUCUGCUCCAAUUCAAGCUCGAAUUGUGGCUUGCAUGGCCAUCUUUGAAACAUACCCAACUCUCCCAAUUGUCACAGCUGUCGCUAAUGUUGCAUUCAGAGAGAAGGAUCCACUGCUUUUCUCCUUUGUCUACUCUCAGCUGAAGGCUUGCUCCAAACUCAGGAUCCCAAUGUACUACAACCUGUCUUCUUAUUGCCACCUGGCCUUAAAACUUAUGAAUCCUUGGUUUGUCCGACUGAAUGGAAAUUACAGCAAAGUUGUUUAUUUGAACAUGUUCGAUAAUCUUCACAGAAUUGGUUUCCUUUUCAAAAUGUAUGUGAUUGAGAGCCCCAGAAGACCAUUCCUCUCAAAUGUCAUCUUAAACUCAGAAUUAACUGUCUCCGGCGCAAUUGUUCGGCCAAUUGAGCUUACAGUGCAAAUGGAAGGCAUCAAGGAAUGGUGGUCAAACCUCCAGCGUCCAUUACAGCAAUCCUCUAGCCACCAGAAGAUUAAAGAUACAGAAAGACAGCUGCCAGGAUUCAAAGACUUAGCCCUUGAGCGUCCUUUGCUUGGUGUCGGGGUCACCUUUUUUGGCCAAGAUGCCAUGUAUUUCACCACUGAAGAAACAGCACAACUUGGGAAGCUGGAGGAAGGAAGACUUGAGUCUCAAACCAUUGGAAUGAUUUAUCAUCUUAUCAAAAAUAUUAAUGAACAAUUGGUUCUACCUCUGAUGGUGGAGGUUCGACAUCUGGUUCCUACUACUGGUGGACUACUUGACGUCAGUGGCAGUGCCAUCGUCAUGCCAUAUGCUUCAUUCAAGGCAAAAGAACUGGAAAAUGAACAACAGCAGAAGAAGACUCCCGAUAUCCAGAAGGGACUUCAGCUUGAGAGCUCAUCUGGCGUCCAAGGAUUUGGAAAGUUUUACUGGGGAUUGAACACACGCUCCACCCGGCAUGUUGUGGAAAUCAACGGCGAAUUCAGGAUACAAACCUCCCUGAAAAUGAAUACCACAUGGGACUCUGAAGUUCACAACCUCAAAUUUGAGAUUGAACCAGUUCGUGAGAAGUAUGAACUGGCCAUGGCAAGCCACGAGGCACAUGUUGUCGCAAGGCAUCUGCAUUCUGAGAGGAAAGCUCCAGUCCUUCCCGAAAGAUCUGUUGAGGAUAUCUUGAAAGAAGAGUUUGAGUCAAGGAAAAGCGGCAUUAAACAGCAAUCAAGGUCCUCCUACAAACAGGACUCUAGAGAUUGGUGUCUUCCACUAUCGGUGAUCCCGGCGAACCUCUGCUUGGAGACAGUGAAGAAAACAAAGGAUGUUAUGCCCAUCCGGAACACAUGGAUGCAUUUCUUGUGUGAAAAACAUGAAAUCAGGUUUCUGCUGACACCAGUUGUUGCUAUGGAGAAGAUCAAAGGAGAAAUCCUGCUAGGUCCUGAACUACCCAGGAUGAAAAGAGAGGCCAAACAGUAUGGAGAAAAGGAUGAGUGCCGAAAUAUUGCACUUCCACCUCAGGGCCAAGGGGCUGCAUGCACACGUGAGAAGGCUCCAGUUUGUGGCAGUGAUGGCAUCACCUAUAAUAACAAAUGUUUAUUCUGUGUUGCCAAAAGGGACAGUGGAAACACAAUCACAAUAGUCCAUGAAGGUCCGUGUGAGCAAAAGGGUGGAAGCAAAACUACAAAGAAGCCUUCCAAGCAAAUCACAGAUUUCUCUACCAGCUCUUCCACUUCUAGCUCUUCCUCUUCUGAACCUUCAACGAAACAAAAGCCAGAUAGAAAGCGAGAUGAUAGCAGCAGUGACAGCAGUGACACUAGCAGCAGUGACACCAGCAGCAGCAGUGACACCAGCAGCAGCAGUGACACCAGCAGCAGCAGCAGUGACAGCAAGGAGGGACGUCACCGUGGAGGCAAGCGCUCCCACCGCCACAGAUCCAGAGACAGUUCAAGCAGCAGCAGCAGUGACAGCAGCAGCAGCAGUGACAAGAGCAGCAGCAGCAGCAGCAGCAGCAGCGACAGCAGUAGCAGCAGCAGUGGCAGCAGUAGCAGCAGCAGCAGCAGUGGCAGCAGUAGUAGCAGCAGCAGUAGCAGCGACAGCAGCAGCAGCAGCAGUAGCAGUGACAGCAGCGACAGCAGCAGCAGCAGCAGCAGUGACAGCAGCGACAGCAGCAGCAGUAGCAGUGACAGCAGCAGCAGUAGCAGUGACAGCAGCAGCAGUAGCAGUGACAGCAGCAGCAGCAGCAGUGACAGCAGCAGCAGCGACAGCAGCAGCAGCAGCAGUGACAGCAGCAGCAGCAGUAGUGACAGCAGCAGCAGUGACAGCAGUGACAGCAGUAGCAGCAGUAGCAGCAGCGACAGUAGCGACAGUAGUAGUAGCAGUGACAGCAGUGACAGCAGUGACAGCAGUAGCAGCAGUAGCAGCAGUAGCAGCAGUAGCAGCAGCAGUAGCAGCAGUAGCAGCAGUGACAGUAGCGACAGUAGUAGUAGCAGCAGCAGUGACAGCAGUAGCAGCAGCAGUAGCAGCAGCAGCAGCAGCAGUGACAGCAGUAGCAGCAGCAGCAGCAGUAGCAGCAGCAGCAGCAGCAGCAGCGACAGCAGCAGCAGCGAAAGUUCUCAGAUUUCCAAAAAGGGAGGUCGAAAAGCGAUUUACUGGUUCAGUUUCAGAUCAGUCAAACAGCAGGGGACCAAGCAGGAAACUGAUGGCAAACAGAGGCCAAGGAGCAGCAGUCAGAGCAGCAGCAGCAGCAGCAGCAGCAGCAGCAGCAGCUCCUCUCCUGCAUCUUCUAGCUCCAGCAGUGAGGAAGAUGUAAAAAGUCAGGGAAAAUGGAUAAGAAUUUCCGACAUUCGUGUUCGCAUACUCUGUCGUGAUAACAAGCCGCGUGGAUUUGAUGUUGUGGUAUUUAAAACUCCCAACUGGCUAAGAAUGACCGUGACGAACAUCACACAGCCAAGCAAGCCAUUUAUCUGCUGGGACUCUGGAAUGGUCAACCCUUACAAAGUCAAGUCAUCUUUGAAGGCGGGCCGGGAUUGCAAGGAAUACGAGGUCACAACUGAAGUUGAGACCGGUUCGUUGGCUGGUCACCCAGCUCUUCGUUGGAAACUUGAGUACCCCAGGAUCCCUUCCUCACUGUCUACCAUUCUUGAACCGUACUAUGAACGAACCCCUGGAGUGGCAUACAUGCUCGGACUUUCACAUGUUAUUCAAAGAAACUCCGCUCGAGAGGUUUCAGUGGUUCUGGCUCUAAUCACUAGACUCAACUAUGCCAUGGUCAUGAGGAUACCUGGGAAUACUUUAUAUAAAGAGGAUCUCAUGCUUCCUGUUGCAGUGCCACUCAGUCCUUAUCUCCAAACUUCCAAAAUCAUUGAUGUUCCAUCAAGAAUCCUUGCCAGUCUGGAUGGUAUGUGUGAAGUAAAGGGUCAGACAGUCACAACUUUCCAUGGACAAAGCAUCAGCAAAGGAUUGCCAUCAAAUUGUUACCUGGACUUGUUGCAGGACUGUACCUGCCACAAGGACUUUAUGGUGUUGCUGAAAUAUGAAUCUCAUAAUAAUAACAGUAUACUGCUCAAUACCACCAUUAACUACACGGAGUUUAUCUUCAAGUAUCAAGAUUCAAAACCUUUGGUAAUAAUUAAUGGUACUGUCAUAAAGCCCGAUGAGCCUGUCCUGCGCAAUCUCAGAGAUACAAAUGGUAUGAUUCUUACAGUAAGACCAGACGAGAUUUCUCUGCAGUCGGAGAAGGUUGGAUUGAAGAAUCUGGUCUAUAAAGGCCAUUAUGUCAAGGUUGAGGUGACUCCUGCAAUUGGAUUGACCUGUGGUCUCUGUGAAAUGCAAGGUGGAGAAGAAGGGCAUCUCCGAACCCCAAGUGGCUAUAUGGCCAAAGACCUUGUUAGCUUUGCCCAGUCCUGGGUAGUUCCUGAUGCCUUAGACGGAACCUGCAAGCUGCAGCACUCAACAGUGACACAUGAGAAUCCAGUGCUGGUUGCAGAAGAAAAUUCCCAGUGUGUUUCCAACCAUCCCGUUUUGCAAUGCCAAGAAGGGUGCUUGCCCACCGAAACCAGUGAGAUUUCUGCUGGUUUCCACUGUAUGUCAGCUGGGACGACUUUGCCAACUGAAAUGACAAAACUUAUUGAAAAACCUGAAGACUUUGUAGACACUGUUCGAUCCCACGUGGCCUGUUCUUGUUCUCAAUGAAGCGUGUAUCUACUGCCAAUUCUCAUCUGAACCUUAACCUGUAAUAUUGUUUUAUGUGUGGCCCAGUCGAUCAUUCCUAGGCAACUGCACAUAUGUUAAUUUAAGUAUUGUAAAAGUCCCACUAAACCCAAAGAAAAAUGUCCAAUCCCUAUCCAAGCAAAGGGAUCCAUGAAUAAAACUGAUGAUUUUCUAAUAAACCCUUGCAUUCAAAAAGAAUAAUACAUUUUGUCUUCUUUAUUUAAUUUC